AUGGUUUUCAUCAAGAGAUUAGUACCCCUUUCAAUUUUGUAUUGUUUCGAAGGAAUCAUGUUGGGACUGAUUUUAUACAAUGUUCCUUCUAAUUUGAUAGAUAAAGGUGUUGAGAUAAAUAGAUAUAACUUUUCAUUCGUUGUGCUAUUACCUUACUUGUUCAGAUACAUAGUUGCACCCUUGAUUGACAGUGUAAGUUGGGAUAAGAUGGGUAGAAGAAGAAGUUAGUUGGCAGUUUUGUAUUUUGGAUUGGGAGUUCUGUUAUAUUUUUCAAAUUUCUAAUCGCUAGAUCCUAGUACAUGGUUUUGGAAGGCCUUCUGGAUUGUAUGUUUGUUGGCGUGCAUUGACAUCAUAAUAGCAGCUUGGAUAGUUGAGAGUUUAGAGAAGCAUGACAGAGGGUAUGGAGCAUUGGCUCAAUUUCUAGGAAUUUUGAUAGGGGGAUUUAUUGGAGCAUACAUCUUUAGGAUGUUCAACUCGCUUGAAUUUUGUAACACAUAUAUAUAUGCCAUUCCUUAAGAGAUACCAUACAUUACACUCUAAAUUGCAUUCUAAGAUUUGUCUUACAUAUCUGUUGGACUUGCAGUUGCAUGUAUUAUUAUCAUUCACAAUGAAACAACCUCUAAUUAAGAUAUAAUCGAAGCUUACAAAUCAGCUCUUGGAGCAUUUUAGAAUCGGCAUUUGACUGUUUUCUUUCUGUUUUUUUGUUUUUUCAGAAUAGGGUAGAUGCCGAUUGAUUUGGCACAUAUUCACUUGAUGAGAGGGUAAUUGACAGAGGGUUAAAUUCAAUUUUUAGAAAUAUUCACCUUUCCAAUUGCAUGCAUUUUACCAUAUUAUAUGGCCAAAAUGAUUAAGACAAGGGUGUUGGAAAUUAGACUUAUAAUCGUAUUUUCCAUCUAUGAAAUUGCUAUAUCAGGAGUGUUUAUCAUAACCUUGUUUGCCUCAGAGGAGAACUUUCCAUUUCCAUACAGAGAUACCUUAUUGAAAAUAUCAUUAAUAAGUGUUUGGUUGUUAAAUUUGAUUAACAUAACUCUGGCCCAAUCGUUCAUUUACAAAAGCACUCAAAGUUCAAUAGCGGCAACUUUCAUUGGUUUGUUAACCACUGGAAUUAACUUUCAAUUUAUUUUUGAAGGAUUCGUGGAAUAUUUAUUAGCCAAUUAUAAUUAUUAUUUGAUUUGGGCAUGUGGAGUAGGAAUUUAUGCAUUAUUUUUUUUCCAUUUAGCUUCGAGGGCAACCAUGAUCGAUUAAUUGAAUUGCGAAGAGUUUAGUUUAGAGAUUGACAUAAAAAAAGAAAAGCUUCUUAUUAAUACUGAACUAGCAACUUUGGCAUGA